CACUAACCUGGCGGCCUGGGCCCAGCCCGGAUUCCCACGCCCGCCCUGCUCCACUGGACUAGGCUGCUUCCGGGUGUGCGCGGAGCGCAGGGGCGGCGCCCCAGCCGGAGCAGCCCCGUCAGCCCGGGCGUCCCGCCCCCCGUGUUCCCUGUGACUCCUUCCCUCCCACUGUCCUCAGGCGCCAGUCCACAGCCUCUGGGCAAAGCCCCCUUGGUCCGUUGAGCAGGUAAGACACUGGCGCCCAGGGUUAGACGGCGGGAAGAACUGCCCACAGCAAGAGACUUUGGGCACUUGCGGCACUUAAGCGCCCAGGGGACCCCAAGGGAGAGCGCUGCCUCGCUUUCUCAGGCAGGAAACAGAUCAACAAAGAGGCACCCCCUGGGCACCAUAAUUUUCUAGUGCCGCCUGGAGGCUUGAGCUCGAUGAUCUCUGACCUCUCCUACUCCUUACACUCAGAACGGGGUGCCGGUGGGUCCAAGUUCAAGCCUGGCCGAGGGUAUCUGAAGCCCUAAGGGUAACGAGGCGCAAAUUGCAGCAGGGACAGUUAACCUGGAGAAUAUGGGAAAACAGAAAACUAGCAAGUGGUGUGAAACGUGUAGGAAAACCUUCAAGCACUCUAAAAUAAAUUGUCAACUUCGAAGAGGAUGCACACUUUCCAACAAAGGCCGCGCUCCGGGAUGGGUCUGCGGAAUUCCUGCUGAACCUAAAUCGCCAACCUGAGCCUGUACUGCUCCGGGAUCAGGAUUGAAACUUGAACCCAGGGCCCCUCAGGUCUCAAAGCCCGAAGCUUUUCUCCGCCCCUCCGGCCUUUCUCAGGAAGCACCCGGGACUUCUCCCCAGGGAGGGGAGAAAAGGAAGGAGCCUUCACUCAGAGCCGUUUCAGCAGUGCCCCACCCGCGCCCCCGCUUCCUGAUUGGCUGGUGGUCCCUGCCAAUUAAAAGCAAGAACUGCUGUUAGCUCCCACCCCGCCCAUGGUCAUGACAGAGCCUGGAGAGCAACUGCCAGAGGAGGUGCUGGCGCUUAUCUUUCGCCACCUGCCCCUGCGGGACCGUGCCACUGCCUCCAGGGUCUGCAGAGCCUGGGCUGCUGCUGCUACCUGCAGCGCGGUGUGGCACGACACGAUCAUCAGUUACGACUGUGAGCGAGAAGGUACGCUGCUACCAUAUCUGUCCGCCUGCCUGGACCACGUUCACAAUCUACGGCUGGAAUUUGAGCCGUCGAGGGAGCCGAGCCGCAGGGCGGCCACUGAGUUGCUGACGGCACUGGCGGGUCGUACCCCAGGGCUUCGAAGCCUGCUCCUGAAUUGCCACGGAGAAAAGCCCCUCUUCGACGCAGGCCGCGACAUCCUGGACGCCGUGCACGCCAUCUGUCGGGCCUCCUGCGCGCUGCGUCACCUCGACCUUCGGCGCUUGCCUUUCACACUGGACGACGCACUGGUGCUGCAGGCGUCACGCGGCUGUCCCGAGCUCCGAAGCCUUUUCCUAAACAACUGUACGCUAGUGGGCAGCGUGAGUCCAGACUCCGUGCUAGAGCUACUGAAGGCCUGCCCGCGUCUGCGCGCCCUUGGGCUGCACCUGGCCAGCCUGUCGGGCACCGCCCUCCAGGUGUUAGCGGCGCCAGACCGCGCGCCUUUCGCUCACUUGGCCCUACGGUGCGCGUGCCCCGAGGACGUACGCGCGCCCCCCUUGCCCGAGGAAGACUGGGCCGCAGUGCGCCGCCGCCACCCAAGACUGGUCGUGGAGCUGGAGCUGGAGCCAGCGCUGCCUGACGAGAGCGUGACGCGGGUCCUGCAGCCUGCCGUGCCAGUGGCUGCGCUGCGCCUCAGUCUCUCUGGGGACACCGUAGGUCCGGUGCGCUUUGCUGCGCGCCAUUAUGCCUCAACCUUGCGCGCGCUCGAGGUGCGCGCCGCUGCCUCAGCGGAGUUGGACGCCGCGCUGGAGUUGCUGGCUGUGCGCUGUACGGACCUGCGCGAAGUACACUGCUUCUGCGUGGUGCGACCCUCCGUGCUGCACGCCUUCCGCGCGCACUGUCCGCGCCUGCGCAGCUACACGCUCAAACUAACCCGGGAGCCACAUCCCUGGCUGCCAACUCUUGUGGCGUGAUGGCUAGCCGCCUCCCCAGCAGAUAUGUGGCCACUGAGAUGCUGGAUGCAUUUGCCUAGGCGUGCACCUACUACUAGCCCGCUCCUUCAGGACUCUGUUGCCUCGGGACCAGCCCCUGCGUCCUGAGUCCCAUGGGUGUAUUUCCGUAGUGGGAUCACCCUCCUUCAACCCCACUUCCCUAUGGAAGCUACGCUAGCUCCGCGUCCCUGGCAUGGGGAGCGGGGCGGUGGGGAGACAGGACACAGGCUCAGGCGGUGCCUCUGGGGAGAGUGUGAAAUAAAAAAAUCCUGCAGC